CCUAUACUAGGGCUGGUAAUCGGUCGGUUACCGAUUAUCGGAAUACCGAGAUCCCUAAAUAUGCUACCGCCAACUGAUACUGAGUUAAAUUCGGUUAACCGGUUUAUCGGUUAACGGUUACCUUACCGGUUAGCCGGUAACCGAGAAGGGAGAGGGAUGGGGAUGGCAUUUAUAUAAAAAAAAAAACCUAACUCUGCUUUCAUCGCCCAAAAACCCAAAACUUGUUCACCAUUAAAUACAACCCCACAACCGUUCCUCUUCCUUUUGCCGAAAAAUGGAGUGUGUGAAGAAAUCCAGGCGUUCCUCUUCAUCUUUCUCUUCCUUUCCCAACGCCAACAACAUCGAUCCGCACCAUAAUCCUGUCGCCGCUUCCAAGCGUUCUCGAAAAGACUCAACAUAUCAAGUCCAGAAGACAUUGACGACUGAAGAUCCUCUAUCGCCGCUUCAUUUUCAUCUCCAAGCCUCUAUCACCGCUUCGUUUUCCUCUGCAUGCAGUCAUAUUCAAGCCUUCCUCUCCUCUUCGUUUUUUCGAUUUCUCAACCCUCUAUCGCCGCCGACUAUGAAGUUUCCCCUGGCGGUUGUUGCGUGCUGGUGGCUGCGGAGAAAACGAUUGGAGCAGAGAGCUGGAAUCGGGAAUCGCGGGUUCUCCACAACGGUUGCGGGGGCAAAAGAGGAGCGGAAAAAUGGCGGUGGUUGGGCGAAUAUCAGAUUUGGCGGCGUAGUGGCUGGGGAGACGUGCGGUGGCCGGUGGUGGCUGGGGGGAUUCAUUUGAUGAAGAGAAAGGCAGGCAGGUAGGGAUGGCAAUGGGUCGGGUUGGAUCGGGUUUUGCCAAACCCAAAUCCAAACUCAUGGGUUUAUCCGUGAAAAAAACCCGGGGUAAAACCCACUGGGUUUGAAAAACUCAAACCCAACCCAACCCGUUGGGUAUCCACGGGUUCAUGGGUACCCACGGGUUUUUGUCGUAAAAAAUUCACAAUAACAAAUUCCUAUCAAAAUUAAAGUCAAAUAUCAAUCUCUCAAUACAAAUUAUCCAUAUAUAAAACACAAUUCUUGAAAAUUCAAGCAAAUCACAAAUUAACUACACAAAUUGUUCAACACCAAUCUAGAAAACUCAAGAAAAUUGAAGCAAAUCACAAAUUAUCCAUAAAUAACAUGAUUAAUCGAAAGCUUCUUCCUUUCAAUUAAGUUUUUCACUCUCCACUCAAUAACAUCAGCUUCAUUCUACAUAACUAGAAAGAAAAAAUUAGACUUGUCUCCACAAACAUAAAUAAGAUUAGUUGUUUAGAAUAUUAAAUAUGCAGAGAAAAUUAAUUAUAUGGGUGUGGGCGGGUACCCAUGGGUCGGGUUUACCUAAACCCAAACCCGACCUAACUCGGUGAAUAGUGAACGGGUUUAAACCCAAACCCGGCCCAAAACCCGUCAACACGGAUUUUACCCGCGUUGACCGGGUUGGGUCGGGUGGGUACCCAUGGGUUCGGGUUUUGUUGUCAUCCCUACAGGCAGGGCGUAGCGCAGGGGAAGUGGAUUGCAAAAUCAGAAAGAAAAGGGCAGGUAGUCUGCUGCCGUUUAGUGAAUGGGAGAAGUAAUUUCGGUAUCCGGUUAAUAUGGUAACCGCCGGUUAUUAACCGGCACCUAAACGGUACACCGUUUCCAUCAUAAUCCCCACCGAAUACCGGUACCGCCCGGUUACCGGUCAACCGAAUACUGCUGGUUACUGGUUCGGUAAACGGUUAACCGGUAACCAGAUUACCGGUUACCACUCCUAUCCUAUACUUACCUACUUUCAAUAUAACUGUAUAGUAAACAAUGACUAACUAACCUUUACAUGUGUUAAUCACAGGGCAUUAGUCGUUAAGGUUGUGUCUUAGUCAAAAUGAUGUAGAAAGGAUAGUAUCCUUUCUACCGAUUGACCUCUAAUAGCAUCAACAUUUGUAAGGUUACCAUUACCCUUGUGCUAAUAGAGUUGGGUUGUUGUUCAUCCAAACUUCAUCUAUUUGAUUCAAUACACCUAACUUGCUUAUCAAGACCAACAACAUGUAUGUAGACAACCCCUUAGUAAUACAUUUGCUGGUUGAUAUCAUGUGGAUAUGUUUUAUAGAGUAAUCACACCAAACCUCGAUAUUUUACGAGUGAUAUGUAGAUCAACUUCAAGGCGUUUAGUUGCUCCUGAAAGACAUAAUAUUCAGCAAUAUAAUUCUAUCAAGGCC